CUUCGCUAGGUGCCUGAAAAUCGAAGUACCUUGAGCUACCCGUACAUGAUAAACCCACGACGCCCAUAUCUACCCGCGGCGCCUCCCGACCUCGAAACCCUCGCUCCUCUCAAGACACAUCUCGCUGUAGGCACGCACCUCCAUCUACCCUGAGCUCGCUCGUCUUCCCAUUGCCUCUCCCGAAAGCUCACGCUCUCUCGUCCCCCAACACACAGUUCUCUUGCGAACCAAAUCCAACAUGGCGGAACAGACCAACAUCUUCACCAAGGACGCCCCGGCCCCUGUUGGUCCUUACUCCCAGGCCACCAAGACCCCCACGGCCAUCUACUGCUCCGGCCAGAUCCCCCUCAAGCCCGACGGCAGCAGGGUCGAGGGCUCCAUCGCCGACAAGACGCGCCAGUGCUGCGAGAACCUCGACGCCGUCCUCAAGGAGGCCGGCUCCUCCAUCCCCAAGGUCGUCAAGGUCAACAUCUUCAUCUCCGACAUGGGCCACUUUGCCGAGAUGAACUCUGUCUACGAGCAGUUCUUCACUCACAAGCCUGCCCGCAGCUGCGUCGCCGUCAAGACCCUCCCCAAGAACGUCGACGUCGAGAUUGAGGCUGUCGCCCUGCCCUAGGUCUGAACGCCGCGGACACCGCUAGGCAGAUGCAGGGGAUGAAGAGUUGAAACAUAAUUUAGAUGCAGACAACGUAAAUUGAUGAGUCGAGCUCUUAUGAC